GCGUUUUGAACAAUGGCGGAUGUUCUUGACACAGAUUCGUCAGAAGACGUCAUUCCAUCUAAACAGACCGAUUCAUUGGUAGGAUAUGUUAUACAGCAUGCUCUCAUGGAUUCAGAUGAAGAUGUACCAGAAACGGGAGAUGAAUUUUGGAAACCCGUGUCUGGGAUAUGCUACAAAGAAGUAGGGGACAUAUCAGUUUGUGCAACGGAGGUAACUUACGGAAACCUGAAUCUGAACAGACAUAAUGUCUCAAAUGUGAGUUGCAGUAGUAGCCAAAAAAUAUCUGAUAAUGAAGAUUCCUCAAAUGUAGAUAAAAGUUCCUUGAGAAAAGCAGUGAGUGACGAAAGCAUUAUUUUAAAAAGACACGAAAUUAUGAAAAAAGAAAUGCCUGAAGAACUUUUCCCAAAUUUUCAAAGCGAGAAAAGCAGUCCAGAAAUUAAGCGCGACCUUGAUCGACGCCGAGCACUUGAUGAAAGCGCGGAGUUUGAAUCCUCGUCAUCAUCUGAAGAAGAAAUUGAACCAGAGGAGGACAAAUUUGACUUUUUCCGCGAAUUUGAAUUGAAAGUUGAUGUUCUUGAAUAUUGUGAUAUGGCUGUGGAGGAAUCAUUUGAAAUGCUCAAACUCCAUGUCUUAGAUUUGGUUGACAUGCCAACAGAAAAAGAAAUCGACGAAGAACAAGUUACUAACGGAAACGCAAAACAUCUCAAAUCUGAUGAAACAAAAGUAGAAAAUCCGGAAAAUGUACAGGAUGCACAGCCUUGCAAAUCAUAUGAAAAAGAUCCAACACCAGAAAUCGAAAAUAAUCGAAUUGCAGAAGUUUGCGACAAAGAUAUAAAAUUCACCAACCUCACUGCUGAAAAAGAACCCCAGAAAAUGCAAGAAAAAGCUUUAAUGGUUACUGAAAUAUUACAAGUUUUACAUGACAGAUUUGAAAAAUUUAUAGGUGAAGUUAGUGAAAUUGUACAUCUUGGUGCUCUAUCUGUCAGACAUGCACAAAGGGUGGAUCAAUGGGGAGCAGAGGUGCAAAAGACUUACCAGAAAAUUUAUGCAGAUCAUCAAAAAAUGAAGGCGUACUUGGAGGAAAGGGAGACCGACUGGGUUGAAACACGUGAACAGUAUCAAUCAGAAAUAGUACGACAAGGACAACAAAUUACCAACAUAUUACAAAGAUUGCACAUAUAUAAUGACAUACCAGAUACUCCUAGAAGACACAAUGACAAACACAAAACAGCAGACGUCGUUAAUAGUGUCCUGAUGAAGAGACGGUGUCAAGAAGAACAAGCGAUGUCACUAGACUUUGCUAGGCAGGCCAAGAUUUCAGAGUUAAAGUUACUGAUCAUACAACAGCAGGGAUACAUCCAGAGAUUACAACUAAAGAACGCUGAACUGAACAGCAUUAUCAGAGACGUCUUGUAUGCUAAACCUUAUCCCGAAGAAGCAUCUGAAACAGAUAAUGGCAAAGCUGAAGAAGUUGAACGUCUCCAAAAUGUAGCUGAUGUUUUAUCAUGUGACAUGGCUAGUUAUCUGCCAAAUAAAUCUGUAGACUCCGACAUUGUCAGUAGACAGGUCUUCAAUAUUGGUAGUACAAAAGCUUGUUAUGGACAGAAACGUGUGCCACCCAACGUAUACCCAGUAUUUGAUCCUCAUAAAUUGUCCUACAUUUGUCUUGAUGCUCUAUCGACGCAGAAAAACGUGAAUUCAGGAGGAUAUGAAGCUGGAGACAAAAGCAACGAUCAAUGUGACGACGAAGAAAAUGAUAAGAAGGAGAAUGUAACAAAUCUCACUGGGGAAAGUGAACUACAAAACGACAAAAACAUAGUGAACCACAACGUGUUCUAUGAUUGUAGUACAGCAAACGUCGGACAGGUUGCAGAUCUAGAAAACGCAAUACCAAGCCCGACAUUUGUGUCUGCAUAAUUGAUGCAUGAUACCAGAUAAAGUAAAGCAUCUGUAUUGCCAUUUAGACUUUACUACAUUUAUUACACUCCCUCCAUAUUGUGGUAUUUGGCUGACUAACUAUAUAAACGUUGUUCGUUUUGCCAUUUAUACCAGAUAUAUCAUAACGAAGUUCGAGAAAAUAUUUUUUUCGAUACUUACAUUGUUCGCUUCACAUUUACACAUAUUAAUACUGCGUGACAUGCUGUUAUUACUUGAGUAUGUUAAUGUUUAUUUCCAUAUAAAGCUUGACUGUACUGACGGUAUACUUUGUAAGUGUAUACAGAUGCCGAACAUCUUAUUGUAUCAGUAAAUGAUAAUUACAAAACUUUAUUCUUUACUGAACCCUUAGAUAUAUCCAUGAGAGUUUGUUAACUGUUAUCUGUGAUUUUGAAUACUCUGUGAUACUUGUUUUGUUACUGGAAACGGUUUUUAAAUUAUUGUAAAUUUAUCAUUUAUAAUUCAUAAUAAAAUUAUAAUGCGAGGA